AUGGUAACAUACUGUCAAAAUCAACAGGAACAACUUGCUGUGGGUCCAUUAAUUAUAAUCCAUCACAAUUUUUAUGCUGUGGUUAUCACGUGUAUCCAAAAUCAUUUGGCUCUCACUGCUGUACCUCAUGGGGACUAUAUGGCAGUCCAUACUCUUACGGAGUUCCCAUGAGUUCAAGUACCGCCGUCUGUUGUCAAGGAAAAGUUUAUUCAAAGUCUCUCGGAACAUCAUGUUGUGGAGGUCAGAAUUAUGACUCAAGCACUCUCAUCUGUUGUAACGGAAACCUUUAUCCCAAAUCAGGUCGCAAUAAUUGCUGUGGAUCCCUUCCCUACUACAGUGGUUCUUAUGUUUGCUGCAAUGGAAACAUCCUCAGUAAAUCCAGCGGACGCAGGUCUUGUUGUGGAAGCUACAAUUACAAUCCAAGUUCCCAGCGGUGUUGCAGGGGCAAGUUGCAAAGUGCAUCAUCUGGUUAUUAUUGCUGUGGUUCCUCUUUAUAUCGGUCUUCUUCGCAGGUUUGCUGCAACAAUAACGUCAGAUCAAAAUCGUAUUCAUCCUACACUCGCUGCUGUGGCGCAAAUAUCUAUCACCUGA